CCGAUCAUUCGUAGUUUUGCUUUUGCCGGGAGCGGAGAGCGAGCGCUCCAUUCAGUUUCAGCCCGAGCCGAUAUCGUAACUUCGCAGCUACAGACACAGAUACAAAACUACAGAUACGGAUACGGAUACGAAUACGCGUGCAUCUGCAUUUGUGUUUGUAUUUUGUUUACAGUCGCAUCAACAUCUUGGGAGCAGGAGAGAAAACAUACGAAAGCAGCAAAAAAGAGUGGAAGAGAGAGAAGGUCGUGCUUGGGAGGACGUGGAAAAGAGAAAUUGCCAAUUCUAAAGCGAUUUGCAAGCGAUCUUAGGAUCUAUACUCAGCGCCAGGCAAGCGGAGCUGCAACAGGCAACAUCCACAGAUAAAAAGUUAGAUAGAUAUAUAUAUAUCUAAGCCCAUUUCGUACACCUGCUGAAAUUAUGGCCAGCUCUUCCAUCACAGACUUCUAUGCGGGGCGCAAUGUGUUCAUCACGGGCGCCACUGGCUUCGUGGGCGUCACCAUCGUGGAGAAGCUUCUGCGCGAUGUGCCCAAGGUGGGCAACCUGUAUCUGCUGAUGCGCGCCAAGAAGGGCAAGAGCGUACAGGAGCGGCUCGAGGAGCUCAAGAAGAACUCUGUCUUUGAUCGCUUCAAGGAGAUGGAGCUGGAGUCGCGUCUCUCGAAGAUCGUCCCCAUCGAGGGCGAUGUGGGCCUGGACAACCUGGGAAUCUCGCCAAAGGACCGCCAGACGCUGAUCGAUAAUGUGAAUGUGGUGUUCCAUUCGGCGGCCACCCUGGACUUUUUCCAGUCCCUCAAGGAGACGACCAACAUCAACCUGAAGGGAACGCGACGCGUGGUGGAGCUGUGCCAGCAGCUGAAGCAUCUGGACUCGCUGGUCCAUGUGUCCAGCGCCUAUGUAAACGCCUAUCUUACAGAGGUCGAGGAGAAGCUCUAUCCCUCCCCCGACGAUCCCGAGAAGAUCAUACAGCUGGCCGAGACGCUCAACGACGAGGCGCUAAAGGCACUCGAAAAGAAACUGCUCAAGGACCAUCCGAAUACGUACACCUUCACCAAGCACCUGGCCGAGCACGAGGUGGCCAAUGCGGCCAGCAGCUUCCCCUGCGGCAUUGUCCGCCCCAGCAUGAUCACGGCAGCCUGGAAGGAACCCAUUCCCGGGUGGACCAUCUCGAAGAACGGUCCCCAGGGCUUCUUUAUGGGCGCCUCCAAGGGAGUGCUGCGCCGCCUGCCCCUGGAUCCGAGCAUCAUCAUGGACUACAUUCCCAUCGAUGUGGUGGUCAAUGGCAUCAUCACCACCGGUUACUAUGUCAAUGCCCUCAAAGCGAAGAACGCCGGCCGUCCCGCCGAGCUGCAGAUCUUCCACCUGACCUCCAGCACGUACAAGCCCUUCCGCUUUGACCUGAUGGCAGAAAAGAUCAACAGCUAUCUACACGACUAUCCCCUGAACAGCGCCGUCUGGUAUCCCAAUCUGAAGCUGGUCAAGAGCCUUUGGGUCUUCCGGCUGAGCGCCAUACUGUUCCACUUUGUGCCCGCAUUCUUCCUGGAUAUUGUUACCCGCAUCGCCGGCGGCCGUCCCAUUUUGAUGAGGCUGCACAAGAACGUGUGGAACUCGCUGAACACCCUGGAGCGCUUCAUCUUCACAGAAUGGCACUUCGACAGCAAGCGUCUACUGGCCCUGUCCAAGUCCAUGGACGCGGUGGACAGGAAGAAGUUUAUCAUUGACAUUGGUGAGCUGACGUGGGACGAGUACUUUUCCAAUACCAUUCGCGGCGUGCGUCAGUACCUCAGCAAGGAGUCGCCCAAGAAUCUGGAGAAGGCACGUCGCAAGGAUAAAAUUCUUCUGGGUCUGCAUGUGGCCCUCCAGCUGCUCUUCUGGUUUGGAAUCUUCAAGCUGAUCGUCUGCAUCUCGGGAGUCUCCAACGCCAAGGCGGCACUUAUAUUGCCCGUCUUCUAUUACCUGUUCGGACUACUCUAGGGCGGCCGUAGUUUUAGUUGAGCAUUCUCUCAAUGUUAUUAACGCUAAAUGCAAUUUGUACAAGGUUGGGUUUUACAAUAAAUUAAAACACAAAAAGUAAA